AAAUUAACAAUCCAUGUCUUAUUACUUAUGAUCAUACUCAUCGGUAAUAUUACAGCGAUCGCAGUGGUUAAAUCGACCCAAUUAUUACACCGUCCAACGGGUUGGUUUAUCCUCAAUUUAGCUAUAACGAACUUUCUCUCUGGUCUAUUUCUAUCCCCUAUCAUUAUCAUUACUACAGCUACAGCGAGUCGCUGGUCGCUAGGUGAUGGCAUGUGCCAAUGGGUUGGCUUCGUUAAUAGUACUUUAUUUACUGAAUCAAUUAUUACCAUUGCCAUGAUGAGUGUGGAUAGUUACCUGGCUAUCGUUAAACCAUUUCGCUAUCAUAAAUGGAUAACACAUAAUCGAACAUUAGCUAUGCUAAUUUAUUCAUGGUUACAAUCGAUUGUUGUCUCCAUUUUACCCUUAAUAGGUUGGAGUCGCUAUACUUAUCAUCCCUCUGAAGCAAUGUGCUUUGUUGAUAUUUUUGUUGGUACAACAUUUACUUUUUUCCUCUUUGGUAUUUCAUUUAUUUGUCCAGUAAUUAUUAUUGUCAUACUUUAUAUUCUUGUCUUACGGGUUGCUGUCAAGAAAGUCGGCGAUAUGCCAUUAAUGACUAUCAAUCAACCACCACCAGAAGAAAAAGCUGUAGCCAAUAUCUUUAUUAUAUUAGGGCCAUUUUUAGCCUGUUGGCUCCCUUAUAUUAUUAUUAAUAUUUAUCGUUUAGUAAGUAAUGAUAAAAAAUUUUCACCUAUAGCAUUAUCGAUCAUAUCCACAAUGACCAUUUUAAAUUCAGCAAUCAAUCCUAUUCUCUAUCCGCGCUAUAGUAAAAAUUAUCGUAUUGGUUUAGGACGAUUAAUU